AUGAGCAACCCAUACUCGAACUCAUACGAGAUGAGUAACUACAACAAGUACUCGCUGGGCUCCGGCGAGGAUGACUUCGUUGGGUACAUGAACGAAAUCCAGGACAUCAACAACCUGUUGGACCAGUACCUGAACUUGAUCAACUUGAUUUCCAACAAGCAGAGGAACUUCAUGCAAGAGCUCGACUUGAACGAGGACGACACCGAGUACAGCUCCCGCCAAAUCGAUGCCUUGGUGUCGGAGGCGCAAUCGUUGCAAUUGGACUUAAAGAAUAGAAUCAAGAACGUCCAGACCCAGGCCGUUCAAUCCAAGAACCAGACCAAGUUGGACCAAGCCGAAACCUCGAGAAAGCGUUUCCUCGAGCUUAUCCAAGAAUACCGUUUGGUCGAGGCCAACAACCGUGAACAAACCAAGGUCCAGGCCGAGAGACAAUACAAGAUCAUCAAGCCAGAUGCCAGCGAUGCUGAAAUUAAGGCAGUGGUCGAGGACGGUGGAAGCAACUCCCAGCAAUAUUUCCAGCAGGCUCUUUUGCAAUCCAACAGAAGAGGUGAGGCCAGAACCGUCUUGAACGAAGUCCAGGUGAGACACCGUGAAUUAUUGAAGUUGGAAAAGACCAUGGCUGAAUUGACCCAGUUGUUCCACGACAUGGAGGAGUUGGUCAUCGAACAAGACCAAGCUAUCCAACAGAUUGAUGAGCAGGUCGGCAACGCACAACACGAUAUCGAACAGGGUGUUGGACACACCAACAAGGCUGUUGUCAGUGCUAAAAAGGCCAGAAAAAAGAGAAUUUGGUGUUUUUUCAUUUGUCUUAUUAUUAUUGCCAUUCUUGCCCUUAUUUUAGGUCUUUACUUUGGUCUCCGCCAUUAA